AUGCCCGUCAAACCCCCCAGCGAUCGCGGCGGCUUCGAAAUCGCGCUGAUCUGUGCCCUGCCGCUGGAAGCUGAAUGUGUGCAAGAAGUUUUUGACAAGUUCUGGGAAGAUGAGGGCAAGAAAUAUUGGAAAACCCCGGGGGAUUUUAACGCCUACACGGCUGGGGUGAUAGGCGAACACAAUGUGGUUCUAGCCUACAUGCCCAGUAUGGGGACCACUAGUGCCGCGGCGGUGGCGGGCUCCCUGCGCGUGAGCUUUCCAAACAUCAAGCUAGCUCUAGUGGUCGGCAUUUGUGGAGGGAUACCUUCAGGGACGAAUCGAGAGGAGAUCUUGCUCGGCGAUGUCAUCAUCAGUCAAGCACUCAUCCAAUAUGAUUUUGGGAGACAGUAUCCAUGGGGAUUCAAGAGGAAAGAUGACGUUCGAGACACUCUUGGUCGACCGAAUCCGGAUAUUCGAGCUAUCGAGGCUAAGCUAGCGACCAGUCGGUACAAGCAAAGGAUGCAAGAUAACAUCACCACAGUUCUCCAAGAGAUUCAGCGGAAGCUGCCGAAGACGAAGCGUCCAGGCCAAGAGAAUGACAUCCUCUACCAUUCAUCAUAUGUGCACCAGCACCACUCGCCAGCGAUGUGCGAUAAGUGUGGAAAUCACGAGGAGAUAUGUGAAGUAGCCAUCAAGACUGAAUGCGAAGACUUGGGGUGUGAGUCUAUCAUGCAAGUGACUCGCAAUCGAGAUAGUUCGACAACGCAACCCGAGGUUCACUUCGGUAUCAUGGGCUCGGGGAACACCGUGAUGAAAUCGGGACAACACCGUGACCGGAUGGCGCAAGCGGAUGGAAUCAUUGGUUUCGAAAUGGAAGGGGCAGCCGUAUGGGAUUAUUUCCCGAGCAUUAUCAUCAAAGGGGUGUGCGACUAUGCCGACAGCCACAAAAGAAAAGGAUGGCAACGAUACGCGGCGGCAACGGCAGCAGCGUGCACGAAGGCUUUUUUGGCGGAGUGGAACGGAGGGGACGCAGCCACUGAUUUAGCUCCUCAUAGGUCCCACUGGUUAGUCCCCUUUGGGAGAAAUCGGGACUUCAUAGGUCGGGGAGACGUCAUAAAUCGACUUCUUGAGCGAAUUCCUCCUGACGUGGACAAAGAUAACUGCCAACGUACCGCCAUCGAAGGCCUUGGGGGCGUAGGCAAGACUCAGAUGGCGCUGGAGGUCGCAUUUCGAGUUCGUGACCAAUAUCAAAACUGUUCCGUGUUCUGGGUUCCUGCCGUGGAUGUUACCAGUUUUGAGAAUGCAUACCGUGAGAUUGGCCAGAAGCUCCAGGUACCGGGGAUCGAGGAGGACGGGGCCGAUAUCAAAUUGCUUGUCAAGAAUGCAAUGAGCCAAGAAAGUUGUGGUAGCUGGCUCCUGAUUAUUGACAACGCUGACGAUGUGGAACUCCUCUUUGCCACUACGGCACUAUGCGACUAUUUUCCCUCCAGUCUAAAGGGCUCGAUAUUAUUCACUACACGAAACCAUGGAGUCGUUGCGGAGCUUAACAUCCCCCAGCGGAACAUCAUUACGGCAGAGGAAUUGACCGACGCAGAAGCCACUCAAAUGUUACAGACGAAUUUAAAGGAAAGUCAAACACGUGAUAGCGACAGCACCACAGCUCUGCUUGAAUUACUAACUCAUUUACCCUUAGCCAUCAAGCAGGCGUCCGCAUACAUGGCCAAGACCGGAAUGUCGACCACUAGGUACCUCCAGCAUUGUCGGUCCAGCGAUAUGAGGUUGAUUAUGUUACUAAGCCGGGAGACUGAGUAUCAAGGUCGUUACAACCGCAUGAACAGUGCAAUAGCUACGACGUGGCUUGUGUCAUUCAACCAUAUUCUACGGGAUAAGCCACUUGCUGCAGACAUCCUGCGGUUGAUUUGCUUUCUUAUCGACAAAGAUAUCCCAUUGUCGUUGUUUUCGCAGGGGAAUGACGAACUAGAGGUGGACGAAGCGAUCGGGAUCCUAAAAGCAUAUGCGUUCAUCACCGAAAGAGAGGAUCGCCAUUCGUUUGACGUACAUCGACUAGUACAACUAGCCAUGCGAAAUUGGCUGCAGGAGGAAGGUCAGCAGGAGCAGUGGAUCAAAAAGACGAUACAGCUGCUUGCAGGUAUAUUUCCCUUCCCUGUCCACGAGAAUAGGGACGUGUGGCGACAAUACUUACCGCACGCUUUGGCUGCGCUGAAAGUUAUACCUUACUUGGAAAAUACAGGGAGGCGGAGCAGAUACAACGACAGACGUUGGAUCUAA